AUUUAAAAUCUUCUUACUGUAUUUUCCACUGCAUGCAUGCGAUGAAGUGGGUUUUAGCCCACGAAAGCUUAUGCUCAAAUAAAUGUUAGUCUCUAAGGUGCCACAAGUACUCCUGUUAAUUUUACUUUGUAUUUCAAGUGUUCAAGAUAAUAAGAAUCUGCAGUAUUAUGAUCUAUAGAAGGUCUGAUUAGUAAAUGAGUCCCAAAUUUAAAAAAAGGCUAGCUUCCUAAUACUAGACACUAGAAUUGAGGCUUUCAAAAUGAGUUAAUUUACACAAACUGAAUUCUAGUUAUUUAGAACUUGUCUAUAAUACUUAGUAUAAGUUUUAUAAACUCAUUUGGCACAAUUAAUAGGUAGUAGUUGCCCACUUAAAGUUGCACUUGCUGAUAAAGAUGCUAAAAAUCUGUGUUAGGGUUCCCUGGUUCUCACCUCAGCUCCACCCUGACCCUAGUCUAGUAACUGUUCACAAAUUAGGGAAAUUAGCCAGUGAGUGUGCAACACACACACCAUCUGUAUGGCUACUGGGAAUCCUCCAGAGAGGAUAUCCAGGCAGUUUCUAUUCCUCAAGUAAUGGAAAGGAGUGGAGAAGGAUUGAGAAUCUGGCCCAAUGUUGAGAUUUUGGAAUUAGCACACCAAAGCAGCAGUUUAAAGAUUACUAUAAAAUCAAUCUAGUUGCAGAUACCAACUUCAUAUAUCCUCUUGUUCAAAUAUAUUGAGAUUUCUGUAUUUAACAAUGAAAAUCUAACUGAAGUGCUAACUAGUUUUUAUUCUGUUAAAUAUUUGGGUGUAAAAUUCAAUUAAAUGAAAAGGGCAUUCAUUACAGCAAAUUGCUAUAGCAUAUGGAUCCAAGGGCUGUAAAUAAAAUUUGUCACUGAUUAUUGUCUAAGGUAGUUCAAUUGUAUCUAAUACAUUAAACUUCUAUCCCAUAAUUCUAAUAUUUGUUGCCAUUAUAACUACAGUGUGGAUGGAAAAAGCUAAACCAGAAAAGAGCAGAUCUAAGUGUAAGCUACUUUGCAUAUUGUCAAUUGACUAUAAAUUACACCAGUCUUUGACUCAACAAAACAGCGUUGGAACAACAUAGUUCAGACAUUUUGAGCAGCCUGAAAAUUCUAUUUCCUUGGAUUACUUGAGAAUUUUCUCCAUCUCAGAACAGGCAAAAGGGCAGGAUUUCUGAAGUCAGGCCAGGUAUGGGAUGACCAGAUUGGGCAUUCUCAAUAUCUGGUAACUGCUUGUGGGGGAAUUGUGAUCCUUGUUUGCAGAGCACAAGUACUGCAGAGCAAUGACAGCACUAGAUAAACUCUCAUGCAGCAACUUCCUAACUAAUAUCGAUCCCUUAUCUAGUGGGUCUUUCGUGGUGCAUCCUGCUUGGGUUACCAGACCUCUCAUCCCCCAAAGGUGCUCAUGGAUCGGCCACUGUCCGCAUUUCCCUGACACAGCAUGUAAGGGGCUGAAGGUGUGGGAAAAAUCAGUGGACAUUGCUCAUGUUUCUGUUCUAGCAAGAAGGGAAUCUGAUGGGUUUUAUUAUCUUGGUACGAUAAAACAGGAGAUAGAGGGCGAAAGAGGAACUUUCCUGGUAGAGUUUGACAAACCACCUGCAUCGGGUGACAAGUACUCAGUAUGUGUGCAAAAAACAGCCAGGGAUUACAUCCUUGAAUAUGUCAACGGAAUGAGGCACUCCAUACUCCCUGGAGACAAAGUGCUGGCACCCUGGGAACCAGACCUUGUCAGAUAUGGCCCUGGAACCAUCCUCCUGGGCAUUGAGACACGGGAUCCCCUGAGAGCCUCAGAGGAUGAAGAAAUCAUGGUCUAUUUUUGGAAUGACAAGAAAGUGAAAGUACCACUAGGUGUGGCCUUAUGGAUUCCACCAGACAUGUGGGAAAGGAUAGUUGAGAUGAUUCACAUGCCCUUCACUAGCAGAUUAAAGGUUAUGAACCCCCACAACACCACUAGCUCUUACACUUCUACUUGCAGAUUUCUAAGAGCCCCCAUCCAUUCAUGUACUUUAGAUGAUGGGCUAAGUAAGUACAGGUGGCCAUGGCCAUGGCCAUGCCCAUUAAUCUACCCCCCUUUUCAUGGUCGCUGUCAUAGUGUAUGCUGUUCACCAGUCCACGUGGGAUGUAUCUGCUGCUCCCAUCCCAAAUUCAAUGCCUGGUGGCCACUAUUAUCCACAUCUUUGCUCUCUCAAAGAGGCACUAAACAGCAAGAGUCCAAUAACAAACCCACGGCACAACUUCUAGAAUUGGAAAGUCCAAAGGAAAAUGAACCCGCAGCUGCUGCUGCUACUACUUCCUCCUCCUCCUCUUCCGAUUUAGAAAGUGAGGAGGAGAUGUGCCUAACAAAGAGCACAAUGGUGGAUAGUGCUGUUAAUACAGAUUCCAGUCUUUUUGAAAAGCCCAAACUGAAAGAUGCUGCAAGACCUGAGUGGAAGUAUUGGAAGAGAAGCCACCCCAAGUCACAUCCUAGGAAUCCAGGAAUCAGCAUUCCCAGCAGUAAGUGUACAAAGGGGAAAGCAGAAUCCAGAACCAUUUUCUGCGUGGACACGGACCCUGUUGCACCAACCAACCAGACUGCAAUAUUUGAAACUAUUGAGCAGUCUCCGAGAAGACAUUUCACACUGAAAGAUGUCUUAAUUCACCAUGAUUUCAAGCCAUCACUGGCGCCACAGGCCACUCCUUUUUUAGAGAAACUUGGAGAAAAUCAAAUAGAAUGUGAAUGCCAAAGAAAAGCCUACCUGGAACAAAAAAGAGAGAAAAAAUUCUGGCAGCAGAAAUGGGAACGUGAAAGAGAACAGCAGGCUGAAGAGAAAUACUACACUGCACAGGAACACCGGAGGAAAAAGCUGCUGCAGCAUUUUGAGAAUGAAGAUAAGGUGGUAAAAGAACAAGACCUAAAGCAGAAUCAGACAAUGAAAACAAAGCAACUCGCACAGCAGAGGACAAACCUGAAGAUGCAGACUAUGGCAGAGGAGGACAGGCAGAAAGGACAGCAAAGACUAGCUCAUCUGCAACAAGUAAGAGACACACAUGAUCAGAUGGAAUUUAAUAAGUGUAUAGCUGAAGAAAUUAAAAAGAAACAAUCUCAGGAAGCCCGAAGGAGAAGAGUGGAGACCCAGUACAAGUUAAUGGCAGAAAAGAUCUUUCAAGAUGAAAAACAGAAGGGAAAGUAACCAGACAGCACAGAACAAAGGAGAUACAAACAACAA